UUUGGACCUUAGUAAAGCGACAGAACGACAAUAAAUCACAACUGUACACGGGUUAUAUAGAAAACUGAAUUUAAUGAGUGCAUGAAAACAAGGAACAUAUUUGGCGAAACACUAACGCGUUUAAGAAAUGGAUUCGUCGUUCAGGAUCAAGGAUAUAAAUCUUCAAUCUUGCUAAGAGUCUUGUGCACGUGACAUUCUCUUGGAAGUAGCUGUGCAGCCAGCCAGCCGAUGCUGGAGGUGGCCGGAUACGGAGCGCCCUUGCACCGCCCAUCCGCCAUGCACGACGCUGCAGCCAUGUCCGCGGCUCAGGGCGCCCGCGGCUCCCCUUCUAGUUCCCUGCAGCCGCUCGCGCAGGGGCUGCAGGGGCUACAGCAGCACACAUCCGUUAUCAAGAAGUUAGACCACUCUGUUGAUUCGUUUAUUCCAUCCACAAGACAUGAGAACCAGUCAUUUGACGUUAUGGACCACAGUGGAAGACCGACGUUUCAUAGCAACGUGAACCCAACUUUUACUGAUGACGAUUUCAGUGACCAUGAUUCUCACUAUUCGGAAGACUUUGAAGAUGACGAUGACGAUGCUGACAUUGAAGAAUAUGAACCGGAGCCUAGGCCAGAUAUGACAAAGCAAUUGCUUGGAUUUGCAACAAUGGUCAGUACCGAUAUUCAGAAAUUCUUUGGAAGAAAGAAGGGUGAGGAUGAUGCUUGUGACAUUUACGAGGACAAAUGGGUGUCUACAAAAUCCGGGCGGGAACUUUAUUACGCUGAUCUCAUGAAAAUCGUGCACGGAGAAGAUGGAAAGGGCGGUAAAUCGAAAAAAGGGAGUGCGUCCCCGUUUCUUGAUAUUUCAAACUCCGUACCAGAACAUAUUGACAAUAGGCAAAGUUUCAGUGGUAAACUAGAUAAAAAGUUAGGAAUAGGUGGUCUUAAUGAAUUGUUUGAAUAUGGAUUAAGGCAUUAUCUUACUGACAAAAAGUUAAAACAGUCAAAAGAGUUAAAGCGAUUAAAAACUGACCCUAAAAAGUUUGAAAACGUAGCGCCAAUGAAUUCUAGAAAACUUCCCUCAUCGUUUUGGACGGAGCCGGGUGCGAAAUCUAGGACUAGCACGAGUAACUCGGUGUUGCAAAACAACAACCCGCCAGAUUUUAGUGACUUGUUAGAAAGUUGGAGAUUGGACAGAAAUGAAUUCAGCGGUGAAAUUUCUUCGAGCGAAGUGAGUAUGUCCCCGGAGUCUGUAUGACGAAAAUAGUAUAACGUAACCACUCCAAACAUUUAGACACCCAAAUUUUUGGGUGUUUUUUGGACCGUUUCUGAUAUGGAGUCGAUUUUCCUAAACCUAAUUCGGAUUGAUUUCUGUUAUUUUUAAAGAAUAGCAUGCAAUAUUUGCAUGACAAUAUCAGACCAAACAUGGUGUCUGUUAUAAUAUGUACACGCGAUAUUACACAGAGAAUGUAUUCUGUUAAUGAACAAUUAUUUAGUCAUACAUUUGUGUUCGAUAUUUACGGAGACUAUAUAUUUUGAAAGUGCUGUAUUUCUGUUUCGUCAGAUAUUGUUUGUUUUUGUAAUUUUAAUUAUAUUCCCAUCAUUUUUCCACAUCAUGACAUUUCACCAUUCCCUUAUUUACAAAAGUCUGACACAUAUAGUAUAUACCUGGUAGGGUUUUAACCAGGUUGUCAAAAGGACAAGGAGAUGCAGAAAAUUGACAGGGUGCUAUUAAAGGAAGGGAAGGGAACAUUGAAUCGGGUUGAAUAGAAUUUGGAACAUUUUGUAUUUGACAGAAAAUGUUAGCAAUCGUGUUUAAUUAAAGUUAUACUAUGGUUCAUAUGCCAGAACGUAAAGUUUGUUUGUAUCUAUAAACGUAUUAUAAGUUUCAAUCAAACCGAAGAAAUAUUGAAGAGUCUCAAGCAUUUUAUUCUAUGAAAGCAGAAGGGUACCCAUGCAGGUCACCAUAAGGACAUAAGGAUGCCACCCAUUAAGGGCAUGAUGCAGCACCCUUCCAUAUAUGUUUAGCUAAACCCCAAUUGUAUACCUGUCAUAUAGUUAAAAGAAUGACCCCCUUCCAUAACUCUUUAGCUAAAACUCUAGUUCAUACAUGUCAUAUUACAAAAAAAAUAGCAUAACUAGUAUACCUGUCUCAUUUCCAAAAGCAUUUAAUAAUUACCAUAGUCUUAUUUGUCGAGUUGCCAAGGUUCCGUAUUGCUUAAAUUUGCCAUGAAGGCAUUCAAUUUCAUGUCACCACAUUUCUGAUUGCUUAAAUUUUCCAUCACGAUAUUCAAUUCCAGGUCACCACAUUUCUGAUUGCUUAAUUUUGCCAUCAUAAUAUUCAAUUUCAUGACACCACAUUUCUGAUAGCUUAAAUUUGCCAUUACGACAUUCAAUUUCAUGUCACCACUUUUCUGAUUGCUUAAUUUUGCCAUCACGAUAUUAAAUUUCAUGUCACCACAUUUCUGAUUGCUUAAAUUUGCCAUCACGACAUUCAAUUUCAUGUCACCACAUUUCUGAUUGCUUAAAUUUGCCUUCAUGACAUUUUAUAUUAUUUGAAUUUGCCAUCAGGCCAUUGAAUUUCAUGUCACCACAUUUCUGAUUGCUUAAAUUUGCCAUCACGGCAUUUUAUAUUAUUUGAAUUUGCCAUCAUAGCAUUAAGUGCAUGUUGGCUGAGCUGGAGCCGAGAUCUGAAGUAGUUGAACUUAGUAAAGUUUAGUUAGUUUUAUUAUCGUCAAACAUAUAUUUAAUUGAUGUGUUCUUGUCUGGUCUCUAGACGCGGAAAGACCUCUGUUGAAAACACGGGGGACAGUAGUUUGCUUCCGUCCCCUGUGGUCGAAAUAUAAAUAACAGAUAAACAAUUGUUUAGUUAGCAUACUGUUUUGUUAAGAAAUGGUUACACAGUUCUGCAUACAUUUUAUAAUAAUUUACAUGUUGAAUAGCUUAUAUUGUUUACAUCAAUAAUGUGUGGUGGCCACAAACUGGUAAGAAUGGUCUGUGUGUAUCAUACAAUGUGAAGAAUUCACAAAAGGACAGGGUCCCACAAUUUGGUAUAUGUACAUGUCAUUUGGAUGACAACAUUAUAAUUGUAUGAAUAUAUGCUACUUUAUGUAAACGGUCCACAGGGUAAAAUUCGUUAUAAUUGUAAUGAUCAAUGUAAUAUAUAUUGUGUACACAGUAUUGUAUAUUGUUUAUUUUUUAAACUGAUGGUAAUCAGGAUAUA